AUGGCUUUCUCAGCAAGAACGAAAUUUCUUCCGUUAUCGCUAAGAACCUUUUCAGGUCUCCCUCUCCUGCUAAUAAAUCGACGGAAGACAUUAAUGAAUGAUAAUGCGGUAAGAUCAAGUGAAGGCUCGAGAUACACAGCUCUUGUCGUCAGACAAGUUAUGAGUACCAGCCAACACUUAAUGUGCACUCCGUUGAAUUUAGUGAGCGUAGGACCGGCGUAGUCGAUUCCAAUCGACUGGAAUGGACGUCUCUGUUGAACGCGGUCAGAAGGAAGCGGUGGCAUUUCAGGUAAGGCAUACUUAUAGGAAUUCAUUUUCCUACAAGCCAUACACUCAGAAAUGACACUUCGCACUGCUUGACGGGCUCUAGGUUGCCAAUAUUGUGUUAGAUAUUCUGUUAAAGUCCAGUCUACUCCCCCAUGGCAUAAAUUUUUAUGUAUGUGAGCCAUGAGGAGUUUUCCGGCACUUGAGUUUUUUGGUAGCAGAAUUGGAUGGAUUAAGCCCUCCGGGCUUUUACUGUUUGUUAUCCGGGUUUGAAGGCGGAUGAUUUCCUGAUCGUCUAUUAUGUGCUUGUAUUUCUGAAGUUCCUCUGAGCAUUCUCGUUGCUCCCAUUUAAUUAAAUAUCUCUCUGCCAAAGUGAUGUCCGCGGCUGUUAGAGGCCCAUUUUCGGAUACCGAUUUCAGGCCAAUGGUUGGGGCUCCUUUUAUCCCGAGUAUAACCUUGAUGAAACGGAGUAUGUAGAUCAUAAUUCUUCUGGAUUUAGACCAAGAGCUCGAGCGGUUCAAUAGCUGAUGGCUUUCGCGCGAGGUCACCUGGACUGGGAGAGAUAAAAUUUGGUCAGUGUAGAUUUCUUCAGUUUCGUUUUCUGUGAGGUUAAAUGAGUCGAAAGUCGGGUCCUGAGGCCAGUUGGCUCUUCCUUGUGCCAACCAUUUGGGACCGGACCACCAUAACCGACUCUGAUUAAGCUCUUGAGGUGAUAACCCCCUGGUGGCUAAAUCGGCCGGAUUUUCAUCAGUUCGAACGUAGUGGAAUGUUAUGUUGACGUGUUUCUUUAUCUCAUCAAGCCUCCUUUGAACAAAGGUGGGUUGAUUUUGAGAUGACUUAACCCAUGAGAGGGCGAUUUGGGAAUCACUCCAUAAGUGAAUUUCAGCCAGAGGCACUCCUAUUUCUUUCU